UUUCUGUUACCGUUGAUCGUUCACGUGUCGCUGAUUCAUCCAGUAGUGAAUUGCGCAGCUAGGCACGAGUGCGGUUGUUGUUGUAGCUCGGUCACGGGAGGACGCAAUCAACAGUUGAGACAAUUUCUGGUCUUAUAGACACUGACCAAAACGUCCAGAUUCGAGAUGUCACUGGGUCUCACCUCCGUAGUCAUGGUAGCAUUACUGACUACUGCAUGGGGUGCUCCGCAAUGUCCACCUGGGGGCUCAUACUUCGACAGACAUACCCGCCACCGAGAGUGCUGCUCAGAGAUAUGCCAAGACCGACAGAUAAAAGAUUCUGAAGAAAUGUGCAGCAAAGAAUGCCCUGGCUACGACUCCGAGGUUGCUCGUCAGGUUUUGCCCAACCAGCUGACGACAACAGGGGCGCCCAGCAGCUCGGAGAGCUACACCCUGGUGGUGGUGGUGGUUGCCGGGGUAGCCGCAGUAGUCCUGGGCUCAGGCACGGUGGCGGGAGCGUUUGUCUGCUGGCGGAAGAAGAAGCGCGCCCGGACCGAGGAGCCUGGUACUCACGACGACGGAGGUAGAAGAGUUGACGAUCCCUUACUGCAGGACGAGGAACCCACGCCAGCGCGUGGGCAGGACCUUCCAGGAUCCGGGCAACUUGCUGAGACUGUAGCAAGGGUUGAUGUCACGACUCUGAAACUUCCUGUUGAAGAAGAAAACCCUGGAAACCUCGCAGGAGCCGAGAAAGCAAUUUGAGAAUUCAUUUAGAAACUCUUCUUUUCUCUUUGUAUUAGAGUGUUUUGUUGCUGUUGUUUCUUGGCUUGCUGUAUGAACUUAAUUUGUAGUCGCUUUACUUGUUUGCAAGUUUAGAGGUCCGAAGGUUGAUUUGUCACGUGCCAUAUAUAAGUGGCACAGGUUAUUUCCAGGAGUGGAAAAUAACGAGUAAUGUACGUAUAUGCUGUAGUUGCUUUGGAAGAAUGCUGAACACUCAGCUCAUAAAAUCUGGUUUAAUACAUUUUAUUACUGUUUAUAAUUUUUUAAAUUUUGGCACACGCUUUGAGACACCUGUAACACUAGUCUUGAUAGAUCAUGUUUGUGAGAAUAUAUAUAUAGAUAAUUAAUUUAGCUUCCGUUGGCGCGCGCGCGAACUUUUGCGCUAAUAGCUAUAUAUAUACACCACUGAUGUUUUGCAGGAAGCAGUACUGAGGUUAAAAUAUCUUUUUCCACUCUUUACAAGUUACAUAAACUAAUUGUUUCAUUUUAAUCUUUGUAAACUAUAGAUGGGGGUUUGAUUAUGUACACACAUAUAGUCUAUGACAACGGAUGUACGCCUUUUUAACUGACAUGACAUGCAGCUAUUCAUUAAUGCUUAGUAUAAAAUGAAGUGCGGGGGAAGGGGACCCCCGAAAAAUAUGGACAUCUCUUAUGAGUAAAGAUUUUGCUGUACAACUUUGUGGAGUUCUAAGAAGCGUUACAUAGAUUCAUAAGCUUUGCUGUCAUUUUACACAUACGAUCUGUGUAUUUCUAGUGCCGCGUAGUCUUUUCACGAGAACAAUAUAUUUUCUGUGUACUGAGUUUUAAUUUCUUUUGCAAAUCAAUGAAAUAUUGCAUUGUUUAGUAAAAUUAUUACAAUUAAAGUUGUU